UCGCGCCUUCUCACUGCCGGGCCACAGUAAGGUUCCGGAGCCUGGGGGUCUAGACGAGAAGGCUCGAAUCCCACUCUCGGCGGCUGCGCGCCUCCCUGCCCAUCGCCUUUCCCUUCCCAUCGCCUUUCCCUUCCCGAACUGAAAAGAUAUCCCCAACCCCAGUCCCUCCCUCCAGAAGGAACUUACCCCAACGCCCUCUGGCUGUGUCCCGACCCCUGCAGCCAGCCGCCCUUCAGAGGACAACAGAAGAGCUUCCCAGCGGGCGAGGGAAAGAGGGAAAGUAGCCAGCAUGUCGAACGCCAUGUAUAAUAAGAUGUGGCAUCAGACCCAGGAAGCCCUCAGUUCUUUGCUUGAUAAAGAAUCUGAGAAGAUGACAGAACCACAAAGAAAUCAAGUUUUCAUCUUCCAGAUGUUAGCCACCUUCUACAUAAAAUAUGUGCAGGUCUUUAGAAACCUGGAGAACAUCUAUGACCAGAUGGUCCAUCCACAGAAACGCAUACUGAUCCGAAAACUCCUGGAUGGGGUGAUGGGUCGCAUCCUGGAGCUGAAGAAUGAGAUGGUUGAAUUGGAAUUAACCGAGUUUCAUUACUUGGAUGAUAUCUUACAGGAUCUAAAGUUGGUUCCCCAACAGUUAGAUAUCCCCAUACCGAAGUAUUUUCUGAAGGAGAGGUUGGAAGUAAUAAAAGGAAGAGAGAAAAUCCUUGCUCAACUAUUAGCCGACAGUGGAUUAGGCAUAACUGAAGAGAAAUACCCUGUAAAGCCUAUCCCCCUAGAAGAGGCUGUUAAAUUAAUCCAGGUCGCCGAGAGGGCGCGGCAAGGGCGCCUAAGAGCCAUGUUCAUGAAGCAGAUCUAUCUUCAAGAAUUCAGAGCAAUGCAAGCCAGGCUACUGGGCGAGAGAGUGGCCGACGUGGGGACUGCCGCACUGUGUAUCCAGAAGGUUUGGCGAGGUUUCCAUCAGUGCAAGAGAACUGAAAGAGAGAGAGAAGAGGAGAUGAUAUUCCUGGGUAUGAACCCGCCUCCUUUGUUUAAUGAAGUCAGUGCUGCAUUAAUCCAGGCUGACAGGGUGAGCCACCUGCGGGAUGAGGUGCAGGUAAAGCAUGAGGAGGAAUACAGAGAUGCCUUGGUUACAAUCAAGGAUGACUUGAAACUAAUAGAAGGUCCCGACAUCAAGGAGAACCUCCAAGAUGAGAUCCGGCGUUGGUUCAUCGAAUGCAGGAACUUAACGGGCACAUUUCCCAACUACCCUACAGAAGAAGAAGGAGGUUCCGCUAUUAUUUUUUCCAACAAGACACGACAACAGGUUAUCGAGGAUAUUAUUGCAAGCCAAGAAGAGGAGGAAAAAACCAAAAAGAAGAAAGAGGAAGAGAAACCCAAAAAAGGCAAAAAAGGAAAGGAAAAGAAAGAAACAAAGGAAAAAAAUAAGGACGAAGGUGAGGGCUGGCAGAUGUCGCCGAGUGUUUUCCUUCAUACGAUGCAAGAAGGAAACAACGUAUACAAAGACCUGUGGAAGAAUAAAGAUGAAUCGUGGAAUGUCCCCCAGGGCUAUGAUCCCGAACUGAUCAAAGCGGACAAACGGAAAGAAUUGGAGUCGGAGAUCAGGCUGCAGGUUGACGAGCUGAUGAGACAGGAACUAAAAAACUUAAAACUAGCUGUGAACAGAGAGAUGGAAUUAUCGGGCAAAACAGGAAGGAAGAAAGGAAGUAAAGAGAAAGACAAAAAAAGGAAAGUGGGGAAGAAGGAUAAAGACCCAACGGCUGACAGGACCAUCGAAUCUCUGUACAAGGAACUAGUGGAAGAAGGCUUAUUGAUCCAGGCUCUGAAAGUCAACCUCUCUGAUUACAUUGGUGACUACAGCUACCUGGGGAGUACUCUUCGCCAGAUGUCCACAGAACCCAUGCCUUCCCUCCUGGAUGUCCGACAGCUCAUUACCCUGUACGGGAUCCUGCCGCUAGGUUCUGAAGCAGUGCAUGAGAAAGCUCCUUUGGUGAAAUCCCUGCUCUUGGCUGGCCCAUCUGGGGUGGGGAAGAAGUUGCUGGUCCAUGCCAUCUGUACCGAAACGGGAGCCAACCUCUUCGACUUGUCCGCAGCCAACAUUGCCGGCAAAUACCCGGGCAAAAGUGGCCUCCAGAUGAUGCUGCAUAUGGUCCUCAAGGUGGCCCGCCAGCUCCAGCCCUCCGUGGUGUGGAUUGGAGACACCGAGAAAACCUUCUACAAAAAAGUCCCCAACGCCGAAAAGAAGAUGGAACCUAAGCGCCUGAAAAAACAGCUUCCCAAAAUCCUGAAGCUCCUGAAACCAGAUGACAGGAUUCUGAUUGUGGGGACAACACAGCGACCUUUUGACGCUGAACUUCAACCUCUUUGCAAAGUUUAUCAAAAAAUUAUUUUGGUUCCCAGACCAGACUAUGCUUCCAGAUAUGUUUUGUGGAAAGAAAUCAUUCAGCGCCACGGCGGAGUCAUCACCGGUGCCCUGAGUGUCAGUUGCUUGGCAAAGAUCACCGACGGCUUCACCCAGGGCCACAUCGUCCAGGUGGUGAAGGAGGUGCUCACGGAGCGCAGAAUCCGGCAGCAAUCUCACAAGCCGCUCACCGCCCUCGAGUUCAUCCCGCCUCUCACCAGCAUGAGUCCCGUCUACCAAGAGGAAGAAGAGAGCUUUAAGGACUGGUACGCCAAGACCCCUAUGAGUAAAAAGCGAGCCUUGGCAUUAACAGGAGAUAACAAAGAAAACGAAAAGGACAAAGGAAAAGAGAAGGAGAAGAAAGGGAUAAAGGAGAAAAAGAAAAAGUAAUGCCUCUCUGAGGAGCCAGGGAUGGAGGUGGGCCCGACUCUCCAGGGGGGGAGAUUGACCAUUGCCUGUGUGAAGUCCCACACUGAUGCCCUACGUCCGCCAGCCCCGCCCUCGCUCAGUUAGAUCUUCGUAGGCUGACCACCAAGUCAGUUGUGCAUAACAAGUGUUUCUAGAGCUUGUAACUAUUUCUUAAUCUAUAUUAAAGUUUGUAUAUAAGCAAAAUUCACUCUUCACACACUCCACAAUCUAUCCCAGUUGGACACUUCAUCUCGUCGGUACUAGUUGCUAAAUUUAAAUUUUGAUACUUAGAAAAUACCCUAAUCUGACAACUAGUAAAUUCAUUCAGUCAUUGGUGCUACUAGCUUUUUAUUAAUAAUCUUGCACAUAUCUUAAUAAAUUAAUUCUUUGCUCUAUUCAUGUAUUCUAUAUAAUGGAAUAGAAACUUUUUC